GUUCCUGCAACAGAACAACUUCAUGGUCCUAACUUCAGAAACAUCCAAUUACCUCAGGUAUGAAAAAAAUUGAAAAUUAAUUUAUUUGCUAAAAAUCUAAGAUAUAUUAAUCAACAUGAAGCCUUGAAAAGAGGGAAAAACCACAUAUGAAUGUGCAGCUUAUCAAAUUUUGUAGGUGGCUCCAGGUGAUAAAACACGGUCAUUAGAUGCUGAAGUUACUGCUGAGAGGUUAAUGGAUAUGGACAGAUGGAACUCAGUCCAAUGCACACGGGGGUGUGUUGUGUAAAAAAAAAAUUAGUAAAAAAAUUAUUGAUGAAAAAAUGAAAUGUAAAUUUUAAACUUAGUAACACAGGCAUUAAUAUUUGAUUUCUAUUUUUGUUUAUGCAGGAUGGUACAUAUUCAGAACAUGGGAUGCCAUUUGGUCAGAGUACUAAUGAUGUAUGUGGUGCAGAUCUAAAUGGAUUAUAUGAGGCUCAUGUUGGAUCACUUACACAUCUUCUAACAGCAGAAGAUGAUUUUGAUCCUCGCUUUGAUUACUCGUUUGAGAGUGGCUUAUAUAUAACUAGUAGAUGUGAUGGUGCUGCAACAACAACAAGCAAUGAUGGGGCAUAUCAGGGGAACAAUUUAUCUGCAGAAAUGGAAGGUUGUGCUUCUGGUGUGCAGAUUGGUUCAUCUAACAAAGAAACAAACUCAGUCAGUGAUGGUUUGGAGUACCUCAGUGUGCUGAAUGAACAACUUGGGUUGAAUCAUGCAAAAACUGGUACUGGUGGAGCAGCUAAAGAAUCAGUUGAAUCUUGUGGUGCUAAUGGCCAACAAUUUGGCAAUCUACAGGCAAAUGAAGAAACAGAAAAUUCACAACAAAUUAGUGAUGAUGAACAACCAUACAUAUCAAUCAAUGAUGCUGUUAUUGCAGAUGUUGAGCAUAAUACUGAAAUAGCCACAAGAGCAAUAGAAGACGACAUUACAAAAGAAGACAUAGAGAUUUUUAAACACAAUGAGAGUGUGGAAGCGGCAGCUAUAUCACUCAGCCAAGGAGGAGGUGAAAGUCUCCAUGUGCCGAGAAUUGAUAUGCAUUUUGAAACUCAUGAGCAUGAGCCAUGAGGCGUUGUUCCAUCUGUAUAUACCUUUUUUUAAAGGGAUGCAAUGUUGUCAUC